CUGGCAUCUACAAUCGAGUGGAUCGGCGUUGGUGGCGCAUAAGAUAGUCAAAUGAGUCAGCUUUAGCCACCGUCAAAGUUCAAUUGCCUCUCUUGACAUUCCAUAUUGACCUCUUGGUCGUUGCCACCACUGCCUUUUAAGCUUUUUGUGCUCAGAGCUCAGUCAAUGUUCCUUUAGGCUGUUUUUCCUUUGCUUUGGCCUCUUAAUUUUAAUAUAUAAAUAUGCUCUCCUCGAUCAAAGCAGACCACCCGUUGUGCAUUCUAUCCUUCUUUUGAACAUUUCGACAUUCGCCUGCCGUCUUUUCAUCUCAUUUAAACAUUCAUCUUUUACAUCAUGGGUUUGUUUACAACCCAUAGUCCAAUCGCUGUCCGAAUUGAAAUUAUUGCCAAUCUAGCAGUCAUUAAAAACUGGCAAUCUGUCCAUGACCUAUGCCAAUAUGUGAACAAUGAAGAUAAUGGAGCAAAAGAAGCAGCCAGAGUGUUGCGCAAGAAGCUGCGUACUGGUACCCCUCAACAGCAACUCAACGUGAUAUCGAUCAUCCAGUCUCUAAUUGACGGCUGCGGCUCAAAAUUUAAAGCCAACUUGGCUACUGAGAAGUUUGCUGCUGAAAUUUCCCAAGUCUUGAUCUCGCAGUCUACAAACCCCCAUGUCAAGAGCCGUUUGAUGGAACGUCUUUCUGUGUGGUCUCGGGCGUUCUCGCAAGACCCUGGCCUGGCCAUUAUUCCUCAACUUCAUAAGCAAAUGCUAUGCCUCGGCAUAGCUUCAAAUGCGGCCCCAAACAUUAAUUCUGCAGCACAACCCAGCCCACAUCCCGUUAUGCAAAGCGCAGACAAGAUGGUUACCCAAAUUCUUCAAGACACUGAGUUGGCUAAGAGCAGCGCUCAAAUGCUGAUCGAGGCUAUCUCCUUUGCGGAUCCUGAAAUCGAGGCGAUUGAGGAGAAUGAGCUGAUCAAAGAAUUCCAUUCAAAAUGCUUUACAUUACACCGUGGCAUUCAAAUAUAUCUUCAAAAAGCUAUGGAGACGCCUCAUCCACAUGAGGAAUGCUUAGCCGCACUGUUGUCUUGUAACGAAGAACUCUUGCGGGCGUUUGCAGCUCACACGCAGAUGCUGCAGCGAUGCCAGCAAGAUAAAUUAUCAAGGGCCAAUUCUAUCAGCCACGUAGGCGCCACGACAAUGCAUUCAGGAUCAAUUUCAAACGUGAACCCUUCUCCAACUACACAUACUACAAAUUCUGCUGGUCAGAAUGAAACGACUAUCAAAAUCGAAGUUGACUCCCUCUUAAGUCGAUCACAGGAUCCGUCUGUUGAUCCAUUUGCAGAUGACGUCUACCGUGUGUCUGAUUCUUCAAACAUCGCUACGGCCAUCAGAAAUGGAAAACGAGUCGAUGUUGCCAGAAACAGUGACGAGAUUUCAGAGAAAGAGCUCCUCGAGCUUAUUAAAAGCCAGUCUCCAAGUGACUCGACCAAGCUCAAUCAGGCUGGACCCUCCUCCUCAUCAGCAGCCACUCCAGCUUCGAUUCCUGCUGUUGCAGUCCAAGUGUCGCCAGCUGUUUAGUUUAUUUUUGUUAAUCCUUUAAAAGACAC